AAGCCAGACGGGGCGAGUUUGCAGCGGCGGCGGCUGAACAAUUUUUUAUUUUAUUUUUUUGGGGGGGCGCUGUCCUUAGACACCCCCUCCCCAACAACAACAAAAACCCACCCCCCAAAUAAAUCCUUUCCUUUCCUUGCUUUGGAAAGACGUGUGAGGAGGACUCCGCGGGGGCGAUGUGCAAGCGGUGCCCUCCUCCUCCUCCUCCUCCUCCGUUCCUUUCCCCGCGGAUGCCCCGAUCUAUCCGAAGGGGCAUCUUCCCCGGGCACGGACAAAGCGGGCCGAUGCAAUAAAAGAAGCGGCAGCGGCGCUGCAAAAAAGCUCCACAGCCCCGAUCCUCCUUUCCCUCGGACUCCGAAGGGGGCAGCCGGAGCCGGGCCGGAGCCCUUCCCUCCCUCCUGCCCGUCCGUCCGUCCGCCCGCCCUCCCUCGCUCCCUCCCUCGCUCGCUCCGGCGCAGGGCAGCCCUCUCGCAGCAGCCGCCCUGAUGCCGAGACAUGGAUAGAGCCACGGUCGCGCGUGGAGGUGCCCAGAAGAUGGUCGAGAGGAAGGAAGGCGGCGGCGGCGGCGGCGGGGCAGCAGCUGGAGGAAGAGGAGGAGGAGGCGGCGGCGGCGGUGGUGGUGGUGUCGGCGGUGGCUGCCGCCGAUCCCGGCCAACCGGGCUGGGCCGAGCCGGCUACGCUCUUCAGCAAUGCGGGCAGCUUCAGGACCUGAUCGACAUCUCGCUCUCCAGCUUGCAGGGGCUCCGCACUAAGUGCGCCGCUUCCAACGACCUCACGCAGCAGGAGAUCCGCACCCUGGAGGUGAAACUGGUCCGCUAUAUUGGUAUCCAGUUACAGUGCAAGUUCAGCGUCCCCUUAAAUGACAGGACGGUUGAGCUGAACAGCUAUCCCAGGCUCAGCGACUGGUUGUACCUUGUUAACCUGCGGAAGGACGUCAUUCAGAGGAUUCCGGAGGACCUAACGCUCGAUGCCUUCUUGGAGAUGAACGACUUGAAAGUCAAAGACACAAUGAAGAGAUACGGGGCCAGCACGGAAGAAUGUUCCCGGCUGAACGGAGCCCUCACCUGCUUGAGGAAAGCAACGCGGAUGGGCGGAGAGUACAAAGACCAUCUGGUGUGGAAUCCACCCGAUGUUUGUCGAGAAACCAGUCUGAUGCCCCCUUCUGAACUUUCACCCUGCCCUCCAGGACUCACAUGGAUACAAGGCAACCUUUCCCAUUUGAAAGGCAAUGGCCCACAGCCUCGUUCUGUCUCGGUCUCCACCAUCCCCUCUUCGGACAACUUGCCCACGAGUCAAGGUCCCCCAACCUUUGCCGACAGCCUCUUGGAAUCCUUUGCUUUCCCCACUCACUGUGGGCGGCGGAACCUCAGGACUCCUCACAGUACUGCCAUUACCCCACCGACCACGCCUCAGCUCAAGAGAGGGAAGCCACCACGGACUCCACCGCCACCCAGCCGAAAGGUUUUCCAGCUGCUGCCCAACUUCCCAACCCUCACACGAAGCAAAUCUCAUGAAUCCCAGCUCGGCAAUCGGAUAGAUGAAGUUCCUCCUAUGAAAUUUGACUUACCCCAGGGAUCGCCACAAGCGGUACGAAGAGAUAUUGGCCUGUCUGUCACACACAGGUUUUCUACAAAAUCCUGGCUCUCCCAGGUGUGCCAAGUGUGUCAGAAAAGCAUGAUGUUUGGAGUAAAAUGUAAACACUGCAGAUUAAAAUGUCAUAACAAAUGCACCAAAGAAGCUCCACCCUGUAGAAUAUCUUUCUUACCUAUACCACGGUUAAGGAGAACAGAGAGUGUCCCUUCCGAUAUCAAUAAUCCGGUUGACCGGCCUUCAGAACCACAGUUUGGGACUCUUCCAAAAGCCCAAGCUAAAAAGGACCAUCCCACAGCAAUCAAUCACCUCGACUCCAGUAGCAACCCAUCUUCUACCACCUCUUCCACACCAUCUUCUCCAGCCCCCUUCCAGUCUUCCAACCCCCCCAGCGCGACGCCUCCCCCAAAUCCAUCACCUAUGGGCCAGCGGGACAGCCGGUUCAACUUCCCAGCUGCUCACUACAUUCAGCAUAGACAACAGUUUAUCUUUCCAGAAAUUCCUGGUACUCCACAAAUAACGCAGCCUGCUGAAACUACAGAAAGUACUAACAGUGCUGAGGUGCCCCUAGAGACUGAUGGAGUUGAAGAACGGGACACAGAGCACACGGACGACCAAGAGCAAAAUAAGAUGGAAGCUGAGGACGAUGAAGAUGAGAUUGAUGACCUGCCAACCCGGCGUUCACGAUGGCGGGGGAUGAUCUCGCGCAAGGCUAGCCAAACCAGCGUCUACUUGCAGGAAUGGGACAUUCCCUUCGAGCAGAUUGAACUGGGAGACCCUAUUGGCCAAGGACGGUGGGGCAAGGUGUACCGGGGGAGAUGGCAUGGAGAGGUGGCCAUCCGUUUGCUGGAGAUAGAUGGGAACAACCAGGAUCACCUGAAGCUCUUCAAGAAGGAAGUGAUGAACUAUCGGCAAACCAGGCAUGAAAAUGUGGUGCUUUUUAUGGGUGCUUGCAUGAACCCCCCUCAUCUAGCAAUCAUUACCAGUUUCUGCAAAGGAAGAACGCUUCACUCAGUAGUCAGGGAUCCCAAAAUACCUCUGGAUAUCAACAAGACCAGGCAGAUAGCUCAGGAGAUUAUUAAGGGCAUGGGGUACCUUCAUGCAAAAGGGAUCGUGCACAAAGAUCUCAAAUCCAAGAAUAUUUUCUAUGAAAAUGGAAAAGUCGUAAUUACCGACUUUGGCCUGUUUGGAAUUUCUGGAGUGGUUCAAGAAGGAAGGCGUGAAAAUGAACUGAAGCUGCCUCAUGAUUGGCUGUGCUACCUGGCUCCUGAGAUUGUGCGUGAGAUGGCUCCCGGAAAAGAUGAAGAUAAGCUGCCCUUCUCCAAAGCUGCGGAUGUCUAUGCUUUUGGGACCGUGUGGUACGAGCUCCAGGCCAGAGAAUGGCCCUUUCAGAGCCAGCCAGCGGAGGCCUUGAUUUGGCAGAUCGGAAGCGGUGAAGGAAUGAAGCACGUCCUGCAAGCGAGUAGCCUGGGGAAAGAAGUCGGGGAAAUCCUCUCAGCGUGUUGGGCUUUUGACGUGGCUGAGCGGCCCAGCUUCACCCUCUUGAUGGAAAUGCUUGAAAAAUUGCCAAAGCUUAACCGGAGGCUUUCUCACCCGGGACACUUCUGGAAAUCAGCUGACCUUAACAGUAGCAAAAUGGUUAUCCGGUUUGAACGAUUUGCUCUGGGAGAUCUGGAAUCCAGUAAUCAAAAGAUAUAGCUUGCUGUGUUUUAAUGAUCCUUGGCUCCUGGUUUUUUUUUUCUUUCUUUCUCUGUGCCGUUCACACACCUGGGAAAAACCUGUCUGCGAUCUUAAAAUGGAAAAAUCCCAAAAGUUACGGAAGGAGAAGACGGCAAGUCCGCCCGCCCACGCGGCCCUAGCAAUAUGGAUGUUUGAUGUGUUUGCUUAAGUCAGAGGCUUCCUUUUUGAAAUGUUUACAUUUGGAUGACUCUUUUUUUUCUGUGUGGAUUAACGGUUAAUAAUAAACAUGAUAAAAAGGUGUCUUUUUUUUAAAAAAACAACAACAACUACUACCACCAAGCAUUUUCUCAAAGCACUUUUCUUAUUUCAAAAUUAUUCGGGCACUAUUUAAACCAUACGGUUUACAAGUCUGGGUUUUGUUGAUCAAGAAGCAAAAGUUUAGAAUGUUGCAUUGAAAACGGACCCUUUGCCAGUUGGAAGGUUUUGACAGGUCUUGAGGGCAGCAUGGUAGCAUCUAAGCCGGGGUGGGGAACUAUGGCCCCUUUUAUGGCUUGCGGACUUCAACUCCCAGAAUUCCUAAGCCAGCCGGCUCAGGAAUUCUGGGAGUUGAAGUCCACAAGUCAUAAAAGGGCCAUAGUUCCCCACCUCUGAUCGAAGCUGUCUGCAGGGCCCACUUUCACUCCUCCAACGAGCCUUCCAAUUUGGAGGAAGGCCUGGAAAAUUGUGGGCCCCUUUCUUCCCAGCCAGGCUGCAGUUUGAAAGCAAUAUAAAUAUCCUGCUGGGUAGACAGGACCUCUGAGCAUGUAUGUGCAUCUCUGAAGCUGCCAAAUGGAAAAAGAGCAUGAAAUAAAAUAGAUGCCAUAAAACCAUCUUACCUGGAAACCUGAGAUAGGUUGUGGCUCUGUCCCUUUGAAAAUCGCCAUCUUAACUUUUAUCUUUGUAAAGAAGAAGAAUUCCCUCAGACUGUGUUGGGUGCUGGUGACCAGGGGCAUUCCAAAUCAUUUAUUUUUAUUUUUAUUUUACAACAAAUUAAAAGGGGCUUACUAUCGAUUUCCGGAAUCGUGUUAAACCACCCAAUCCCUUUCUUUGCGAUCUGCAUUCUAAAUUUCUUUUCAGAUUUUGUAAAUCACCACUUAUCGGAUGCAGAUUGGGAAGCAGAGUUUCUCAUCUAUGAGAGGGCAGGAAUGGGAUGGGGAUUGUGUGUGCAUGGGUGUAGUUCUUGCACACUUCUACACAGCUACCACCUUUUCCCAAGUAACGACAACUUAAUCAGAAUAGAGGAAUCUGUAUCCUCUAGAACAGGUCCCUUAAAGAUUUGUGGACUUCAACUCCCAGAGUUCCUCAGCCAGCUUUGCUGGCUGAGGGAUUCUGGGAGUUGAAGUCCACAAGUCUUAAAGGGACCAAGGUUGGAGAUCCCUGCUCUAGAAUCUAGAUUCUGUAUUGUUAGACUCUAGAUCCCAUCAUCCUGGCCUCUUGACAAGAGGGAUGACAAUCUGUUCAUCCAGGUUUGCAGUAACAUGCUUCAAUCCUAUUCUUAACCAUGAUCUGAACUCAUGUUUCCCCUGCCCCCUGGUGAAGGAAUGUGAAAGCCCUGUUUAUUCAGAACUACCCUUUUUAUGACCAAAAUAAAUAUUAAACUAAGUAUAUUAUUGCCGUUAGAUUAAUCUGGACCCAACUCGUAGGUCGUUGGUGAAAUGUUUUAUUUUCUUUCUCCUUGUUUCUGAAAUAUCCUUUUGAUUUAACGUUCAGAAGCAGAACAGAAGAUAAGUGGUAUAAACAUUCUUUAUCUUUCUGAUCAUUGAAACAUGGAGAAUAAAAAUUGGAGUGGUGGUCUGGAUAAUGGGAAUCAGUGGUUCACUGGUGACAUUAUGGGCUUAGUCCACUUUUGACAUUAAAACACCACACCUUGGCAACUUUAAGACGUUCAGCUCCCAGAAAUCCCGAGCCAGCCAUGGGAAUUCUGGGAAUUGAAAUCCACAAAUCUUAAAGCUGUCAAGGUAAAGGAAUACUGACCUGAGGUUACAAGACAUCUCUGUCGGACUGUCUCUGCCUGCCAGUUCCUUAAAAAGUUGCCUGCAAAUUACAAUUAUUAUUGUUAAAUAUGCCAGGAAGGAAAAUUAUAAAAUACAGAAGAGAAUUCAUACUAGUUGUAAUUAUUAUAAGAAACAAUAAAGUUAAGGUUAUUUGCUCCACUGAAUUCCUGUGUCCUGGUUCAUGUGACAGCCGAAAUUAAGUGUGAUCCCCCCCCCCCCCAGAAAUCUCGACUUUCAAUACAAUUCUACUCUUAAAAACUCCUCCUGUUUACACCAGGGGUCUCCAACCUUAGCAACUUUAAGCUUUGCUGGCUAGGGAAUUCUGGGAGUUGAAAUCCUCCAGGCUUAAAAUUGCCAAGGUUAGAGACUCCUGGUUUACCUUGUUAUAUAUCCAGAUGCAUCUGCCAGCAAGUAAGAGAAUGACUCACGUUUUCCCCCUCAUCUAAGGUAAAAGGAACCCACAUACACACACAAAACAAAUCAAGAAAAAAAACUGCUAUCGUUUGUUCAUUACUCCUUUUAUGCUGAUUGUAAGAAAAUGAAUUAGCACUGUGAGAUUGUGAGGUUAUGUCUUUCGGGUUCUUUUUAAAGGGAAGCACAUUCAGGAGUUUCCCUAGUCACAAUUUAAACCCUGUAAACUUUUAAGUCUGUAAUAUUGGAGAAAAUUUACUUUUUUUUUUCCUAAAUGUAAACUUUGUACAGUGAAUACACACGCCUAUAUAUAAAUAUAUAUAUAAAUAUAUAAAUACUUUCUAUCAACUAAGUUUGUCUUCUGAAAUGGCUAUUAAUUUAAUUUAAAAAUGGUUAGUAUUAACAAAGAGUUCUGUAUUGUUUUUUUUCAGCUGUUGAGAGGGGGGAAAAAAGUCUGUAAAAGAACGUUCUAUGCUAAUGAAAUUCUAAAUAUUUUAGAGUUUCUUUAAGUGAAUAAAAUUUUGCUCUGGAUGAAACACCUGAAGUGA